ACACACACACACACACACAGGACUUUCAUCACAGAGGGUAAAUAUUGGUUCUGUGGAAGCAGAGUCUGUCUGUGAGCUGAUAAAUGGUGUUUUCCUGCAGCACAUGGCUCUAACCUGAUGAGGAGAAGAAGAGGAGGAGGAGCGCUGAAGGAGGAGCAGAUAAACCUUUGUCUGAGGAGGAGGGAGGGAGGAGACUCCUCUUGUCUCCUCUCCCCUCUGUUACCAUGGAAACAGGAGGAUGGAGCGAGAGCAUCAGACGGAUCUGAAAACAUGGACGCAACUUUUCAAACCAAAACGAAAAGGUCAAAGUUCACCAUUAAACCAACAAACAGGAAGUCACGUCUGUUCACGCUUCACAUCCACAGAACAGCAGAACCAGAAGCAGAACCAGAACCAGGACUCUGAUCUCUGACCAACAUGUUCAGGAUGAUUCUCUGAGCUCUCCUGACGGUUUGUCUUUAAAACCAACAGACAUCAUCAGCCCUGCUGAACACUCAGAGCUCAGAGCAGGACAACAGGUCACACAGUCAUCUUAAAGGUCAGCAGCUGGGCUGUUAGAGUUCAACACACCUCCCAGCUCCCAGCUCCCAGCUCCCAGCUCCCACCUCUGUCCGUCUCAGGGUCAGUCACAUGCUAACACAUCACAUGCUAAAAUCAACACGUCACAAGCUAACACCAACACGUGACAUGCUAACACCAACACGUGACAUGCUAACACCAACACGUGACAUGCUAACACCAACACGUGACAUGCUAACACCAACAUGUCACAUGUUAACACAUCACAUGCUAACAUCAACACUUCCCAUGCUAAAACAAACUCUUCACAUGUUAACACAUCACAUGCUAACACCAACACGUCACAAGCUAACACCAACACUUCCCAUGCUAAAACAAACUCUUCACAUGUUAACACAUCACAUGCUAACACCAACAUGUCACAUGCUAACACCAACAAGUCACAUGCUAACACCAACAAGUCACAUGCUAACACCAACAAGUCACAUGCUAACACCAACACGUCACAUGCUAACACCAACACGUCACAAGCUAACACCAACACGUCACAUGCUAACACCAACAAGUCACAUGCUAACACCAACACGUCACAAGCUAACACCAACACGUCACAAGCUAACACCAACACGUCACAAGCUAACACCAACACGUCUCAUGCUAACACCAACACGUCUCAUGCUAACACCAACACGUCUCAUGCUAACAUGUCACAUGCUAACACCAACACGUCGCAUGCUAACACCAACACGUCACAUGCUAACACCAACACGUCACAUGCUAACACCAACACGUCUCAUGCUAACACGUCACAUGCUAACACCAACACGUGACAUGCUAACACCAACACGUCACAUGCUAACACCAACACGUCACAUGCUAACACCAACACGUCACAUGCUAACACCAACACGUUUCAUGCUAACACCAACACUUCACAUGCUAACACCAACACUUCACAUGCUAACACCAACACUUCACAUGCUAACACCAACAUGUCACAUGCUAACACCAACACUUCACAUGCUAACACCAACACUUCACAUGCUAACACCAACACUAACAUCAACACCUGACAU